AUGUUGAUGGCUUCCCGAGGAUAUUUGGUUUGUCUUCCUAGACAAUGGCGAGCAAAAGGACUUCGACGUGAGAUGGCUGCCCAAAUGAGUCCAAACGAAGAAGAUCUGAUUGCCAGGCACAAGCUCAAAGUUACGCCGACAGAGAUUGCGACGAUUCCUCUUCUAGUCAUAGAGCCUCCCAACCUAGCCAGUGAACACGAAGGCAAGAUCUUGCUCAACUUCUUCGGUGGCGGAGUCAUCAUGGGCAGUGCUCGCGAAAGAGCGGCGCUGCUUAUGGCAGCAGAGAUGCGUAUUCGCGUUUAUUCCGUAGAGUACUCCAAGGCACCCGAGUCUCGAUACCCGGUAGCCCGUGAUGAGGCGUUCGCCGCCUAUCGUGAACUGAAUAUAUAUGGAAUGGGUAGUUCUGCGGGAGCGCAAAUUUUGGUGUUGAUGCUGCUUGUAGCGCACUCCGAAGGGAUUCCAAUGCCUGCACGUCUAUUCCUCUGCACUCCUGCUCUUGAUCUCAGCGGUGCUGGAGACUCCAUGGUGAGCAAUGAGGGCAGGGACAUCAUGCCGGCCAGUUUCCUUUCUGCCAUGGUGCAGCGAAAUUACCAGCCCAAUGAUAUAGAUCUCACAGAUCCAUUAUACUCUGAACUGCUGGUCUCUGAGGGUAUGUUGCACGGAUUCAACUGGAGUGAGACUUUACCGGAGGCUUUUCAGCUUCGUAAGACUGUCGAAGAGUUUUUGGCUUCAAGCUUGUAG